AUGCUUAAAAUUGCAGCAGUCAUUUUUUUGACGCUGAGGACGUGUAACCCCAGUGUUGUUUUCACACGACAACCGGACGUGCAGGUCACAUAUGGAGACGAAGGGCCGAGAGAGUACUUCGCUCCUACAGCAGAACAGUUGGCACGGGGAAAGAUAACUCCAAAACACGAAACUCAGCCGAUGGUGGGACCUUUGACCCAUGGCAGUAUACCCGAUGAAAGGAGUGAAGGAGGUGAAAGUGAGAAUAAAAGUAGUGAAAAAGUCAGCCCUAAGGCAAGCGAUCUUGAGAACGAGGAUGGUACAGUGGUUGAAGUAUUACACCAACCAGAGGCGAGUGGGGCACCUGUUGUUGCAGGUGAGGAAAGCACAUAUAGAUCAGCACAAAAGUCAGAAAGAACAAAAAAACAACAUGGCGAGGACGAUGAGGGCAAAGGAGGGAAGAACAGAGAGGAUAUUUUAGGAAUACAAGCAAAAAAUCGUAACUACAGCCAUGAUGCACAUCCUGCACCACGAGGUGCAGUCUCGGUGGUUAACCAAGGAAGCACACAAGGGGUGAAAACCGUGAGCAAACGAUCAGUCGAUGAGGAAGGAAAGGAGAUUUCGCAGCAGCAAACGUCGAGGCAGUAUGAAAGCUACGUAGCGUUGCCACUGCGAAACGGAAUGUCCGAGCAUGAAGUGAGUAGACCUUCAGAGGUGGCCUUGGACGAUGUGGGUGAACCCUCGUCCUUAAGUGAAAGUGUACCGAGGGGAAACGGUGCGAGUCGCAAAAGGUAUGCGAUAUUACUCUACGCAGGAUUAAGUGUUGUGUUCUCCUGA